AUGCGUUGCGCAGUUGCCGCAGCUUUCCUUGCGGCCGGUGCCCAUGCGGCUGCCGUCACGCCUCUCGCUGCUCGAGCGACUUCUUCCAGCUCUUCUGGGGGCUGGGAGACACGGUACACUGCCACCGGUACCGCUGCUGUCGCGGCUGCUGCUGCCACGGCCAAGACUAGCAGCCCGACCAGCAACGUCAAAGGCAAGGCUUUUGACCGCUUUGUCAUUAUCUGGAAUGAAAACACCGAUUACGACAAGGCUAUUGGUGAUCCCAACUUUGCAUGGCUCGCCAAGAAGGGCAUCACGCUGUCCAACAACUUUGCUGGCAUCAGUUGGUCUAGCUACUUUGAAGACCUGCCAUACUCUGGUUUUGAAGGCAUGGCAUGGGUGAACCAACAAAAUGGAGCCAAUGAUUACGUCCGAAAGCACAGCCCGCCUUUAUUCUUUGACAGUGUGGCUGGAUCAGAGCAGCGGUUGUCACAGAUCAAGAACAUCUCCAUGGUCUACCCCGAGCGCUCCCUGUUCCACAAGGACAUUAAAGCUAAUAAGCUGCCGCAAUGGAUCUUCAUCGCAGGCAACCUCACCUCAGACGGCCACGAUUCCUCUGUGACUGUUGCUGGCACUUGGACAAGGAGUUUUCUUGAGCCUCUGCUUGAAGACAAGAACUUCAUGAACAAUACCUUGGUUCUGGUCACUUUUGAUGAGAAUGAGACGUACACACAAAAGAACCGAAUCCUCGGUGUUCUUCUGGGAGACGCAAUCCCUAAAGAACUUAUUGGUACCACAGAUUCCAACUUCUACAAUCAUUACUCAGAACUUGCCACGGUUGAGGCCAACUGGGAUCUCCCGACACUCGGAAGGUGGGAUGUCGGCGCCAACGUCUACAAAUUUGUCGCAGACAAGACCAAUAGCGUCAUUCGCCAGUGGAGCAACACCUUGGCAGUGCCAGACCGCUACUUCAACCUGUCGUAUGCUGGCUUUUUUAACAGUAAGACGGCGAAGCAGUACCCCAAGCCCAACUUGGCUCUGGAUGAGAAUGCGGCCGGCAGGAAGAUUCUCGAGUCCAUCAAGGCGACCUGGAAAGACAGCAAAGCUCCUACAUACUACGAGGAUACUGUUCAGGUUUCGGACGGACUUAACCCGCCUCCUGGCUACAAGGCGUAA